AUGUCAACCUUAAAGGCAAUGAAAGGUGGUCCACUAGUCUUGAUCAUGGCUUUGAUGCCGGUCUUGGCUAGUAAAAACCUGGUCUUUGCCAGCCUCAAGACCUUCUCUGAACAAGCAUUGGUCCACAUAGUGCAGUCUGGUGGAGAUAAGGGUGGUGGCAGCGACGGUGGAGGG